UUGCAUAAUGUUAGAUGCAUGUUAGGAACAUUGCAUCUUAUAUGUCAUGAACGGGGGCAGGUAACUUUGUGUUGCAUGUCUCGACGCUUCAAAUGUUCGUCCGAUCCCAAACGGAAUUUGUGGGCGUCACAUUACUUAAUUGAAUUAUGGGUUAAUUAUAUUUUGUCCCUUUCAACUAUUACUCAAUUUAUAAUGUUGAUUUCCUACUGGUGCCCGCUCACAUCGACUGGUUCCUGAUGUCCCCCGACCACUCUCACAUUCAAGGGUUCUCGUUCAUAAUUUUUGCCACAAUUCCUUCUCUCCACGUCAGCAGGCUUUUAGAGAAAAGUAUGAAAGGUGGCCAAGCCUCGUGGGAGAAGAAUGAGAAGAAUAGGCCACCUGAAGAAGAAAAAGGAAAAUAGAAGAAGGAGAAGAGAAGCAAUAGAAGAAGGGAGGAGAAAAAGGAAAAGAAAGAAAGAAAUGAAAGAAACGAGAAUGAGAAAGAAGAAAAGAAACAAAAGAAGGGCACGUGCCGAAGACACAUCUCCUCCCGCAUUCAAGCAAAAGAAAACUUUGAUUCCUCGAGAAAGUGACCAUGCCCAGGCUUUUACCUCGCCAGCCUCUGCCCAACUUCCCAGGAUGGGCGGGUCUUCUACACAGCUACAUUCUCCGAGACUAGGAGAUGCUGAGGGCUUGGUAGAUUUGACCUUCUUAGAUUUGGCCGCCACCUUCGAACUCGACCCCCCCAACAGGAGUGCACCCAGGUGUCCAGCCCCAUCUUUGAGUUUCCCAUCUUCGACAACUUGGUGGGGAAAGGCGAGUUGGACCCUGAAGUCGCGACCACCCUGAGAGCGUUUGCAAAGUGACAAUGAAAACUGCUUCUACUGAAGGGGUGGAUAGAGCUCCUGCCUAAACAGGAGACUUGGGUGGUGUAAUCGGGGGCUCGCCAACUCACCAUGAAGAUAGGGGUGAUGAGAUGGAUACCAACUCACCUCUCUCAGAGACCCAGCCAACCACUGACUCUGGGGGUACUACUCCUUCACUGCUUGGCCACAGUGAGUGCCUCACUUUCUUCUCCCUACGCUCAAUCUUUUGGCAGAGAUACUAAAUCCUUCCUUCUUGAGGGAUUGGGUGGUGCAUUGGGAGAAGACGCCUGCCUACUUGAGGCUGACUUGGCAUGCACUAGGACCUUCCUCCCACUUGCAAGCUUUGGGGGUCCCCCAUAAGGGAUGGUGGAUUCAAUGUCAAGGAUCAACCAAACUUUUUUGCCUGGAGAUGCUCCUAACCCCAAAGCGAUCUUCGGCAAGGAGGUUAGUGGUGGUGCAUUUUCUUCCUUUGCCAACGUCCAAGCUGAAGCCACUGCCUAAAUGGCCAGCCCGUGAGGAUUGGCUUUCUAAGGGCAUUAAUGGUUUAGCUGCAUGGAUCUUGACAGAUUGUGCCCAUCUUGAGGAGGAGGUCAGAGAGCGGCAACAGCUAUGCUACGUCGCCAAGUUUGCUUUCAAGAAAUGGCAGGCGAACUAGACUGAGUUGGAGGCUUUGGUGGAGAAGCAAAAGGAGUUAAAGAUAUUGCUAGAGCAGUCGGAAGGCUACUCCCACUCCUUGCACAGUGACAUGGAGAUUCUGGAGGGUGGAGUUCUUGAGCUCCGCGACGCCGUUCGUCUUGCCCAAGAGGUGAAGGCUAAGGACGACUUCACCUUAAGGCUUCUUCAGUCAGAAAUGGAUUCUUCCAAGUCCCAACUUGUUGAUGCUUGGAAAGGCUUCAAAUCAGACCUCGCCUACCUUAACUCUAACAAGGAGUUGGGUUCAACCUACAAGGAGUUGGACCGCUUGCAACAACACGGCAAGAGGCUAGCUCAAGAGUUGGUAGUUGCUAUGGAGAAGAACCGUCCCACAGCUCUCGAUCUUUCGGAGGCACGGGGGGCCUUGGAAGAACUCCAGAGGCUCCAUCAGCACUACAAGGAUAGCUGUAAGGAUUCAAACGAGGAGCUUAGGAAGUCCAACCUGGCUUUCCUUGCUUAAGACUGAUAAUUGACCGAGAAGAUGGAGGAACUAGCUGCUACCCAAGCAGAAAUUGCCAGCCUACGCGGCCAAUUAGUCCUGGCCCCUACUACCAAGGAUCGUGCCUUCGCUUAUGGUUAUGGUGCUGGCAUUCUGAGGCUAAGGUCCUGCCUUCUGACUGACCCUAUUACAGACCUCGAGAAUUUAGAUUGGGGCUUGUUUGUUGCUGAAGUUGCUCGCCGCCACCAUGUUGACACUUUCAAGUAGGAAGAGAUGCCCAAUGCCUUUAUAGGCAAACCUCUACUGCCGCCACCUGCUCCCUAGCUUUCUCCUUGUGCCCCCUACCCCUUUUUUUGCGCUUAUUCAUUAUAUUUUUGUACCAUAUGCAAACUUUGUACAAGUAACCAUAAUAAA